AUGGAAGCCUACAUCAGCCUAGCCCGGCGUACCCCUAGCCCAUCGUACCCUUACCCUGGCCUAGCUCGGCCUACCCCAAUCCCGGCCAACCCAGCCUCCCCCUAUCCUGGCCUAUCCCUAUCCCAGCCAACCCCUAACCCGGCCUACACUAACCCCGGCCUACCCCUGCCUACCCCGGCCGACCCCUACUCAGGUCUACCCUGUCCUAACCCUUACCCAGCCUACCCCCACCUACACCCACCCUGGCCUACCCCUAUCACGGCCUACCCGGCCUACCCCUUUCCCAGCCAACUCGGUCUAACCCUAUCCCAGCAUACCCCGGCCUAUCCCUGCCCCGGCCUACCCUUAUCAGUGCCUACCCGUAUCCCGUCCUACCCCAGCCUUCCCCUACCCUGGCCCAUCCCGGCCUACCCCUACCCCGGCCUAAGCCCGCCUACCUCUAUCCCAGCCUACCUCGGCCUACCCCUAUGCAGGACUACCCCUGCAUACCUCGGCUUACCCAUAUCCUGGCCUACCCCUUCCCGGGCCUAUCCCUAUCCCAGCCUAUCCCUACCCCGGCCCAUCCCGGACUGCCCCUACCCUGGCCUACACCGGCCUACACCUAUCCCAGCCUACACUAACCCCGGCCUACCCCUGCCUAACCCAGCCUACUCCUACCCAGGUCUACCCCGUCCUAACCCUUACCCAGCCUACCCCCACCUACACCCACCUUGGCCUACCCCUAUCACGGCCUACCCGGCCUACCCCUAUCCCAGCCAACUCGGUCUAACCCUAUCCCGGCAUACGCUGGCCUAUCCCUGCCCCGGCCUACCCUUAUCAGUGCCUACCCAUAUCCUGUCUUACCACAGCCUAUCCCAGCCUUCCCCUACCCUGGCCCAUCCUGGCCUACCCCUACCACGGCCUAAGCCCACCUACCUCUAUCCCGGCCUACCUCAGCCUACCCCUACGCAGGCCUACCCCUGCAUACCUCGGCCUACCCAUAUCCUGGCCUACCCCUUCCCGGGCCUAUCCCUAUCCCGGCCUAUCCCAACCCCAGCCCAUCCCGGACUGCCCCUAACCCGGCCUACAUCGGCCUACCCCUAUUCUGGCAUACCCCAGCCUAUCCCUGCCCCAACCUUCCUCUAUCAGUGCCUACCCGUAUCCCGUCCUACCCCAGCCUAUCCCAGCCUACACCUAUCCUGGCUGACCCCGGCCUACCCCUGUACCGGCCUACCCCAGCCUAUGCUGUCCUACCCCUACCCUGGCCUAUGCUGGCCAACAACUAUCCAAGCCUACCUUUAUCCAGGCCUACCACAGCAUACGCUGGCCGACCCCUAUCCCGGCCUACCCUGGCCGAAACCUAUACUGGUCUACACCAGCCUACCCCUUUCCAAGCCUACCCCUAUCCCAGCUAAUUCCUACCCCAGCCUAACCAUACCCCGGCGUACCCCUAUUGCUGCCUACCCCUAUCCCAGCCUUCCCCUAUCUACACCGGCCUAG